AUGGCGUCUACCAUUGACCAGCUGAAAAACCUUCCUAUCACCACUGACGAUAUCAUCGCGGAAUAUGUCUGGAUUGGAGGAUCUGGAAUUGAUGUCAGGAGCAAGGCCAGGACUGUAAAGGGUCCCAUUGGUCCCGCCGACGUCGCGAAGCUUCCCAAGUGGAACUUCGAUGGUUCCAGCACGGGCCAAGCUCCAGGCACGGACAGCGAAGUGAUUCUCUACCCCCAAGCCGUGUUCAAGGAUCCCUUCCGUGGUGGCAACAACAUUCUGGUCAUGUGCGACUGCUACACGCCGCAAGGCGAGCCCAUUCCCAGCAACAAGCGCGCCUUCGCUGCUGAUGUGUUGAAGAAGGUCGAGGACCACGAGCCCUGGUUCGGCUUGGAGCAGGAGUACACGCUCCUCAAGAAGGACGUCAAGUGGCCGCUCGGCUGGCCCACCGGCGGCUACCCCGCUCCGCAGGGCCCGUACUACUGCGGCACGGGCGCGGACAAGGCGUGGGGUCGCGACAUCGUCGACGCGCACUACAAGGCGUGUCUCUACGCGGGGAUUAAGAUCAGCGGGAUCAACGCGGAGGUGAUGCCGGGCCAGUGGGAGUUCCAGGUGGGCCCGUGCACGGGCAUCGAAGCGGGCGAUCAUCUGUGGAUGGCGCGGUAUUUGCUCGAGAGAGUGACGGAGAUGGCUGACGUGGUGCUCUCGCUGGAUCCCAAGCCGAUCGAGGGCGACUGGAACGGCGCCGGCUGCCAUACCAACUACAGCACGAAGGCGAUGCGCGAGGAGGGCGGGUACGAUCUGAUCGUGAAGGCGAUCGAGAAGCUGGGGCUGAAGCACAAGGAGCACAUCGCCGCGUACGGCGAGGGCAACGAGCGCCGCCUCACCGGCAAGCACGAGACGGCCGACAUGAACACCUUCUCCUGGGGUGUGGCCAACCGUGGCUGCUCAGUCCGUGUGGGCCGCGACACAGAGGCGCAGAAGAAGGGUUACUUCGAGGAUAGGCGGCCAUCGUCUAACAUGGACCCAUACAUUGUCACGGGCAAGAUUGCAGAGACCACCAUCUUGUGGGAGCCCACAGCGUAA